CAGCGGGUUUCCCCCGUGUUCCCCUCCAGCAUGGAGUUCGCCGAGCUGAUCAAGACGCCCCGAGCGGAUAACGUGGUGCUGCACUGCCCGUUCCACCUGGCCGUGGAGGGGACGCUGUGCCUGACCGGCCACCACCUCAUCUUCUCGUCACGGCGGCAGGACAACGCCGAGGAGCUGUGGCUGCUCCACUCCAACAUCGACUCCAUCGAGAAAAGGUUCGUGGGCUCCUUGGGCACCAUUGUCAUAAAAUGCAAAGACCUGAGGAUUAUCCAGCUGGACAUCCCAGGGAUGGAGGAAUGUCUGAACAUUGCCAGCUCCAUUGAGGCACUUUCCACCCUGGAUUCAGUCACCCUCAUGUAUCCCUUCUUCUACCGGCCCAUGUUUGAGGUCCUGGAGGAUGGAUGGUCCUCCUUUCUGCUGGAACAAGAGUUUGAGCUCCUCAGCUCAGUGACCAAUGAAUGGCGUCUGAGCUGCGUGAACAAGGAGUUCUCAGUGUGUCCCUCCUACCCUCCGGUUGUCAUUGUCCCCAAAUCCAUCGAUGAUGAGGCGCUCCGCAAAGUCGCCCUGUUCCGCCAGGGCGGCCGCUUCCCCGUGCUGAGCUACUACCACAAGAAAAAUGGGAUGGCCAUGCUGAGGAGCAGCCAGCCCCUGACAGGCACCAACGGGCGGCGCUGCAAGGAGGACGAGAAGCUGAUCAACGCCACGCUCCGCUCCGGCCGCCGCGGCUUCGUCAUCGACACUCGGCCUUUGGCUGUUGCCCAGCAGGCCAGGGCCAAGGGAGGGGGCUUUGAACAAGAAGUUCACUACCCCCAGUGGAGGAGGAUUCACAAAUAUAUCGAGAGGUUUAAUAUCCUGCAGGAGAGCUUCAUCAAGCUGGUGGAGGCUUGCAAUGACCAGUCACACAACAUGGACCGCUGGCUCAGUAAACUGGAAGCUUCCAAUUGGCUCACUCACAUCAAGGAGCUGCUGACUGCAGCUUGUCUGGCUGCUCAGUGCAUUGACAGGGAAAGUGCUUCAGUGUUAGUCCAUGGCAGUGAAGGGACUGACUCCACACUCCAGGUCACUUCCCUGGCACAGAUCAUCCUGGAUCCAAGGUGCAGGACCAUCCGUGGCUUCGAGGCUCUUGUCGUGAGGGAGUGGCUGCAGGCUGGCCACCCUUUCCAGCAGCGCUGUGCCCAGUCAGCCUAUUCCAACAGCAAACAGAAGUGGGAGGCCCCGGUGUUCCUGCUCUUUUUGGAGUGUGUGUGGCAAAUCCACCGGCAGUUCCCCUGCUCCUUCGAGUUCAACGAGCAGUUCCUCAUCCUGCUCUUUGAGCACGCCUACGCUUCCCAGUUCGGCACUUUCCUGGGAAACAAUGAAAACGAAAGGGCUAAACUGAAGCUGCCUCAGAAGACCAUGUCCCUCUGGUCCUGGGUGAACAGGCCUGAAGAGCUGAGCAGGUUCCAGAACCCUCUUUAUGAGGCCAACAGCCUUGUCAUCUGGCCCUCUGUGGCCCCACAGAGCCUGCAGCUCUGGGAAGGUGUCUUCCUGAGGUGGAACAGGCCUUCCAAAUUCCUGGAGGAGGCUGAAAUAGAAAGGAUCAACAUUAUCAAGUACAACAAGGAGCUGCAGGCCAAGGUGAACGCGCUGAGGCGGCAGCUGGCAGAGAUGGAGGCGGAUGAGGAGGUGCAGGAGGAGCCCUGAGCUGGGCUUUGCCUCAGGCCUUUGCUUUACCCUUCACAUCGAGGAAGAGACAUGGAAAGUGCAUGUUCUGCUGAGCCCUUGGGUACAGCUGAUCCUCCCACUGCUGAACCCUUCACUCCAUGAACCUCCCUGCCUUUUGGGGAGGGGUUUUUGUUUUGUUUACAGCUGGGCACAAUGUCCCCUCUUGGCAGCUUUUCUGUCUCAGAAUUGGGUACAGUGUCAGCAGAAGCUGGAACUCUUUACCUCCAACUGUGUGGAUGACUAGGAUGGGCCAAGAGACAGGAUGUCUCCAAUUUAUUUUGGACUUUUUCUGGUUUUGUUGAACACUCACAGGAUUAAAGUACAGAAUUCUAUAUAGAUAGGUAAAGGCAUUUUGUCUGGAAGCACCUUUUCUCUCCCAGAGUAGGUAAGGCAGCUUAGUUCUUUAAUUUCCUAGGAAAUCUAGAAAUUGUUAAAAUCGAAUUAUAGGUUCUGCCAGUCUACACAAUACUCUCAGUAGCUUUCACAUCUCACACUUGGGUUUUUGUGUUCAGCAUUGGCUCGGGAGCAGGAAGUUAAAUACCAAACCAGAGCAAGACAUUUCAGUGCAAUACAGAAUUGAAGGAGGGAUUCUGCUGCUAAUGUUUAAGCCAUGACCUUCAUGUGGAAUUGUCCCUCAUGGACAAGGAUCUCCUAAGAAGGAACAAACUUUUUUUUAUUCUACCUGGAAAACACAAAGGUUUAGUAGUUGGUGGGGGUGUUCACUUGCAGAGCAGGGCUCAGAGCUGUCCUUUAAACCAGAGCCAAGCUGCCUUCUUGGAAAUCCCAGCCCCCCUGGCUGGCUUUGGACACUUGGCCAGGUUCACAGCAUUGCAAGGGUGCAAGAGCAGCACUUCAUUUACAGCUCAACAAAACACUUUCGUGGUACCUGAUGUGCUUUUCCUUCUUGUGCUCUUAUGCCCAUCUUGUGAAACCUCAGAAGCAAAAGCUGGAAGUUCAGGUGACCUCACAGAUCUGCUGCAGAUGAAGGGGCCAUCACACUACAGAAAAAUAUUAAGAGUUUAGAUGAUUUGUAGCUGCUAAAACUGCUUAAAGACUUUAGGGAUAAGCUUUUUCCCAUUUCACUUUGUAUUUUGUAGCUGCUCUUUCAGUUUCUGUGGCUUCAAUCUGCUUUUUAUAAAAUCAGAGUUCUCUCUUGUGAUUUUUUUUUUUUCUCCUUUAAAGGAAAAGACAGGUAAGGGUAGGUCUGAAAUACUGCCUGAGGCAUUUUUUCAGCUUGAUUCUGUGGGUAGCUCCACAGGACUGGGAAAAGUUGAUUUAACAGCAGCAGAUGUGGCUGGGAUUAUCCAGAAAAGAGCUUCCUGUUAGCCUGGUUCUGCUGGAAUGAACAGAGCUGCAGCAGGUCAGUGGUGGGAUCCCUCUGGAAACUGCUGAGCUUCCAAGUUGAUGGAAUGAAGCUGCCUUUAUUUAAAAGCCACUUCACAUAGAUAUGUGUGAAAAUGCAGGGUCUGUAGUUGUAGAAGUAGCUGGGCAGGAACCUGCAAAAAUCAUGUACCCACUAAAUGCAGUCUAAGAAAAUACUAUAACCAAGGAAAUGAUAUAAAAUUAUGUGAUAGUGGUCAAGUGCUACCUUAAUGCCUUUUGUUCAGUCCUUAUUUCCUUAAUUAUUUCCUUCUUGCCUAAGCUAAACUUAGCCCUGAAGUCCUAUGGCUUAAAGAAUAACAUGAUCCCUUUUAAAGCAUUGCUCACUUAAGGCAGAAGAGAUUCCCCUGCUUGCAAUGCCGAUUUCUUUUUGGGUUUGGAGCUUUGUUCCCUAAAUCCAGUCUGACACAGGGAAUGCUGUUCAGGGUGGCUGGGGAUCUGUUCUGGAUGACAGGGGAGGCAGAAUCGGGCUGUUCCUCCUCCAAACCCAGAGAUUCUUCUGGGUUUGUUGCUCAUCUCGGCCCUUAAAAUGAUUGUUCACCCUUUGAAAUGAUGUCUUUGGGAUCUGCACCUGCCUGGGUGGUGUUUCCCGACCCCAUUCAGAAUUUCUCCAUCUGAAAUCCAUUAUCCCCAGCCAGAUGGGAAGGAUUCAGAAGGCACUAUUUUCCCUGUAAUAGACUACACAUAAAACACUCCUAAAGGUUAUGCAAUUCCCUAACACAGUAAUUAUAGAUUGAGCUAAAUAAUAGAGAAGCAGAGAGGGUUUUUUUGGAUCUAAUUGCCUGGCUGCUCCAGCCUCUCCUGCAAACUGCAGGCAUCCGAGGAAAUUGGGAAACCAGCUGUGACAGCCAACAAAAGGCAGCACAUUCCCUCGGAGCUGGCAUCAAUUUCAGCUUCCACUUGUGUUGAAUCCACACCCGAGUGCUUGGGAAUGUGGGUGCUGGGACUGUGCCUUCCUGUGGCAGUGCUGGUGUCCUAAACAGCCCCUGCAGUUUAUUCCACAGUUCCUGGGCAAUGCAGCACUCUGUCCCUCUGUGUCACAGGCCUGGGAGGGCUGGCAGGAGGUGGAUGUGGGUGCUGUAGGUUCUCCUGGGACACUUCCCAGAGCUGUCCUGCCACGCUGCUCCCACAUUCCCUUUGAUCUUUCCCAUUCCCAGGAACCUCCCACGCUCCAGGUUCACAGCAGAUCAUUCUUUGCUUUGCUGCUUGCCUGCCCUAUUCAAUCACAGAUUUGGUAUCAGUGAUGGGUUUGCUCCCUCAGAGGGGGAUCCCUGCCCCGUGACAUCCCAGUUGCAGAUUCCCUGUGUCUUCCUGAGCUGGGGCAGUGCCCAGCUCUGGCUGCUCCCUGUGCCACUGCCUUACACCCUCGCUGCCACCCCACUCCUGCUCUUUUGCACACACUCUGUGUAACAAGCUGGACACUGAAAGCCCCAUCUCCAAAUUUUGGGGCCAAUCCACGAGGACACUCUGCCAUUUACCAAAAAAAGAAGGGAAAAGGAACUAACUUGCACAGUUUUCAUAAGGGAAAUACGAAAUAUGUACCUUCAAUAUUUUGAUUGUAUCGAUUAACUCUUGAAUGUGGCGCUGGUUUUGACGUGCACUAUUGUCCCUGUUGCAUAGGAUCUAAUUUAAAAUUGCACUGUACAGCAUUUUUGGUGUCUCAUGUGUGCUUUGCUAAAGCCUUGGGCAGUGCUGUGGUUGUGUGAGGGGUGAGGUUUCUCCCAGCACUGCCUGUGUUUUGUCCCAGCAGCACUGUGUGAUUGAUGUGAGCUGUGUCUGUUCCCUAUUGCCCGUGCAAAGUGAUGGGUGCACUGCUGGCCCAACAUCUGGAACUGCUCUCUGGACUUGGCUGCUGCAUCAGUCUUGAUUUUUUUUAUUUUUUUUUUCCUGUACAAUUUGAAAUGCCAGGGCUGGGAGUUGUGUGCUGGUGUUAGGUAUUUGCUGUCUGUGUGCAGAAUCCCAGCUGCUGUGGCGUGGAAUUUCUUGCGACAACAACAACAACAACAAAGUAACAAAUCUGAGGAAAAGGAAGAUGAUGGCUCAAGGUUCAGCCAUUUGGGGGGAACAAAACAGAUACAAAGUGGCUGUAAACUUUGCUGUAGAUACCUUGAGAGCAUAGUAGAUGUGCUGUUUAAAUUAAAACCAUGGAGACUAAAAAAUUCUUUAAUUACACUG